AUGCCUUCCAAAUCUUUACUUUUUGAGGAUUUUGAAGAUCAAGAGACCAAUUUUAACAACAUUAUCAAUUCUACAAAGGGUAUUGAUAAGGCUUUGGCUAAGCAAAUACUACAGGAAAUUGUCGUUCAUGGCGAUCAUGUCAACUGGGAUGACAUUAGUGGUUUAGAAAAUGCCAAAAAUUCCCUAAAGGAAACUGUUGUCUAUCCUUUUUUAAGGCCCGAUUUAUUUUCUGGUCUAAGAGAACCUGCCAGAGGAAUGUUGCUAUUUGGUCCUCCAGGAACAGGAAAAACUAUGCUUGCCAGAGCUGUUGCUACCGAAUCAAAGUCAACCUUUUUCUCAAUCACAGCUUCUUCUUUAACCUCAAAAUACUUAGGCGAAAGUGAAAAACUAGUCAAAACAUUAUUUAUUUUAGCAAAACGUUUGGCUCCCUCAAUCAUUUUUAUAGAUGAAAUUGAUUCAUUAUUGGGAACAAGAAAUCAAGAAGGUGAACAUGAAUCCUCAAGAAGAAUCAAAAAUGAAUUUUUGAUACAAUGGAGCAACUUGACUCAUGCUGCAGCUGGAAAGGAUCGCGGAAAUGACUUACAAAGAGUAUUAGUGUUGGCUGCCACGAAUAUUCCUUGGGUAAUCGAUGAGGCUGCAAGACGUAGAUUUGCAAGAAGACAAUACAUCCCUUUACCAGAACCACAAACUAGAAGAUCUCAAUUCAUUAAACUUUUGUCAGAUCAAUCUAACAAUUUAUCCUCAGAUGAAUUUGAUGUUUUAGUCAACUUAACUGAUGGUUUUUCGGGAAGUGACAUCACUUCGUUAACCAAAGAUGCUGCGUUAAACCCAUUAAGAGAGUUGGGAGAUAAAUUGCUUAUUACUACUAAAAAGGAGAUUCGAGCUAUUAAUCUUAAUGAUUUUAAAACAAGCUUAAAGUAUAUUCGACCAAGUGUUUCUUCUGAAAACUUGAAAAAAUUUGAUAAUUGGUGUCGCAGUUUCGGAUCCUCUGAAUCUUAA